GGCUGGAUUUCUCGCGGGACUCGAUCCUGGAGGCGCGGCAGCGAGUGCGGCAGCGGCAGCGGGAGCUGCUGCUGCAGCAAAUGCUGCAGCAACCCGAAUACCAUGUGGGAGAUGUCUUGGGGCCCCGAGUGUGGGGUUUUGCUGCUAAGGAGGAGUUCGACGUGGUGUCUGUACAGCUGGCGAUUCACUACAUGGUGGCUUCGCAGCAGCAGCUGCAGCAGCUGCUGCAGCGCAGCGCAGCACGACUGGCCCCCGGCGGCAAGUUCAUUGGCAGCACAGUUUGCUGCCGCGAGCUGGGCCGCCACGUGCUGCAGCUGCGGCAGCUGCUGCCGGAGCACCUGCAGCAGCUGCAGCAGCAGCAGCUGCAGCAGCAGGAAACCGACGCCGCCGACGAGCUCGCCAGGGUCUACGAGCAGCAGCUAGCAGCAGCAGCAGCAGCAGACAAAAGAGUUUUCUUUUCUGGAAAUUCCGUCUUUUGCAUCUUUUUCGAUGAAGACACUCUCGCCCGCAUUCUAGACCCCUACCAGCUCCCGGAGCCGCACGAGACGGAAGGCGGGCUGCCGCUGCUGGAGCUGCUGGCAGCAAAAGGGCUGCAGCGGCAGGCAGUGACGCUGCAGGUGCUGCAGCAGCUGUCCAGCAGCUACGGGCUUAAGUAUCACUUUUGGCUGCGCAGCAGCAUAGAUGCAGAAGAGUAUGUUUUCCCUUUUGCUGCUGCUCGUGCUGCAGCGCAGCAGCAGGGCCUCAGCUGCUGCCUCUCCGUGUCUUUCCCGCGGCUGCUCGCAGCAGCAACUUCGCACCCCACAACUGCAGCAGACACGCUCAGGUGGCUGCAGCAGCAAAAGCACAAAAGAAGCAGGCAGCUGACUCCGCAGCAGCAAGCUGCCUUUGCCCUCUACAAGGCCUUCGCCUUCGUCAAGGAAGCACCCAGCAGCAGCAGCAGCAGCAGCAGCAGCAGCAGCAGCAACAGCAGCAGCGGCGCUGCGCAGCAAACGGGCGCGAGCGCGGGAAACAGCAGCAACAGCAGCAGCUUGUGA